GGCGUGGAGGAAACACCGAGGAAGAGAGUCGAUCAUUUCACCGGAGGAAGCUUGCCGGCUCGGUUCUACUCAUGGCCCGGUUCUAGCAUCUUUACGCAGCUCAAGAUGUUUUCCUUCCUGCGCUCAGGUAGAAAUCCCCCGCCUGAGAACAUCCACAUCUCCUCUCUGCCGCCCAGCAUUCCCCUGGAUCCAGAACCUGAUCUGCCAGGCCAACAAGACGACUCUGUGAAAAACCAGGAGAAAGCUAUCAUCCAGACCACAUACACUCACCGAGGAUCCUCCACGCCUUCGGUUUUCCUCCAGAACCGCAGCAAUGAACCGGCUCCGACCACGUACUUUGAGCAGAGAGUCCCUGUUCCCGAGGAGGACACUGAGAGACUAUUCAGUCUGCGUAAACUCUGGGCCUUCACCGGGCCCGGGUUUCUGAUGAGCAUUGCUUACCUGGACCCGGGAAACAUUGAGUCUGACCUGCAGUCAGGAGCUAAAGCUGGAUUUAAGCUCCUCUGGGUGUUGCUGCUGGCCACCAUCAUCGGCCUGCUGCUGCAGCGGCUGGCGGCGCGGCUCGGCGUCGUCACCGGGCUGCACCUGGCUGAAGUCUGCAACCGCCAGUACCCCACUGUACCCAGAAUCCUGCUGUGGUUGAUGGUGGAGCUGGCGAUCAUCGGCUCCGACAUGCAGGAGGUCAUCGGCUGCGCCAUCGCGUUCAACCUCCUGUCCUCUCACAGGAUCCCCCUCUGGGCCGGUGUGCUCAUCACCAUUAUCGACACUUUCUUCUUCCUCUUCCUGGAUAAGUACGGCUUGAGGAGGCUGGAGGCCUUUUUUGGUUUUCUUAUUACUAUUAUGGCCGUAACAUUUGGAUACGAGUACGUGACAGUGGCUCCUGACCAAGGCCAGCUGCUGAAGGGGAUGUUUGUGCCGUACUGCGAAGGCUGCGGGGCGGUUCAGCUCACCCAGGCCGUCGGCGUCGUGGGCGCCGUCAUCAUGCCUCACAACAUUUACCUCCACUCUGCUCUGGUGAAGUCUCGGGAAGUGGAUCGCUCGAAGAAGAAAGAAGUAAAAGAGGCUAACAAGUACUUCUUCAUCGAGUCGGCCAUUGCUCUGUUUGUCUCCUUCCUCAUCAACGUGUUUGUGGUCGCCAUCUUUGCUGAGGAGUUCUACCAGCGCUCGAACAUCGAAGUGAAUAACAUCUGCAACGAGUCGAGCAUUUCUCACUCCCACCUCUUCCCUCUGGACAACAAAACUCUGGAGGUUGACAUCUAUAAGGGGGGAGUGGUUCUGGGCUGCUUCUUCGGGCCUGCGACGCUCUAUAUAUGGGCCGUCGGGAUUCUUGCAGCCGGUCAGAGCUCCACCAUGACUGGAACCUACUCUGGCCAGUUUGUCAUGGAGGGUUUCCUGAACCUGCGUUGGUCACGUUUUGCUCGGGUUUUGCUGACCCGCUCCCUCGCCAUCACUCCCACGCUGCUAGUGGCCAUUUUUAAGGACGUGCAGCACCUGACGGGCAUGAACGACUUCCUCAACGUGCUCCAGAGCAUGCAGCUGCCGUUCGCCCUCAUCCCCAUCCUCACCUUCACCAGCAUGCCGUCUCUGAUGAACGACUUUGCCAACGGACUGACGUUUAAGAUCAUGGGAGGACUGGUGAUCCUGUGCGUGUGCGCCAUCAACAUGUACUUCGUGGUGGUGUACGUGACGGCGCUGAACAGCGUGUGGCUCUACGUGCUCGCUGCCUUCCUCUCCUUGGCGUACCUCACGUUCGUGGGCUACUUGGUGUGGCUGUGUCUGAUAGCGCUGGGCGUGUCCUGCCUGGAUCCGAGCAUCAAGAGAGGAAACGACUCGACCAUCCUGAUACAGGAGCAGCCAGAGUUUGACUCCUGAGCCAGAAACUGGACCUUUGGAUCAUCGGUCAACCCAGAACCGGGUCUAACUCUGACCAGUUGGAUGGUGCUAAAGUAUUUUUAAUCAUCUGUAAUGUAUAAUCUGUUUCAUGCUGUUUUUAUCUUCAUUGUGACAUGAAGGAGAGUCAAUUUUUAGGUUUUUCAGUG